GCAGAACCCUGAGCUGACAGACGUUUGUUUCCGACCGGACGAUUUUAGUGACGGACUAUAAACAAAGAAAAUGGCGAUGGUCUUGAAGUAAAACUGCUGGGCUUUGAUGGGAAGGUGAAGGCGUUAUAUUGCGUUAAGAAAGAACUUUGGACGUCAUGGUGCUGAAGAUCUUCUUCCCGCAGUGCUGCAACCGGGCGGACAGCGGGCUGCUGGUGGGCCGCUGGGUUUCAGGCCAUGACUCGGCCGUGGUGCUGGCGGUCAUCCACUACCCGUUCAUCCCAGGACAGGUGAAGCAGUACAUCCAGCAGGUCCAAGCUCAGAGUGGCGUGGAGCUGUCGGUGCUCGGCUCCUGGAGUCUUCCCAAAGACGGGCAGGAGGGCAUGGAGAGCUUCCUGAAGGACCUGAGCACCAUCUUCCCUCAGGAACGCUGGCUCCAGAUCAGCCGCGAGUUUGGGAAGACGGGCUUCACCUGCGAGGUGCUCGGCCGAGAUCAGGUUUGCAGAAAGAAUUCAGGUAAAACGUUGCCUCCUGAUGAAGAGGCGGAGAAGAUUGAAGAGGAAGGUGGAGAUGAAGAGCAGGAGGAUGAGGAGAAGGUGAUCUUCGUCCACUAUGAGCAGAGGAAGGUGAUGCUGUCGCAGCUUCAUCCCAUCCAGGUCCAGGACUCAGAGAGUCACUCUGAGCUCAGACAGAUGUUUGGGACGGUGGCCCGCAGCCAGCCGCUCUUCUUCCUGGACAAGUACGACGACGGGCCCCUGAAGUCGACCCACUGGCAGUCUGAGGGCCGGGAGGCCAGCAUCAUCGUGGAGCUGCUCAAGCAGGCCUCGGCGCCGCUCUGCGUCCUCCUCAGCUGGCUGCUCGCUGUGUGGACAUGGAUCUGCAACAUCCGGAUCUUCACCGUUUUCCCGCUCCGCUUCCUGGCCUCUAAACUGUCCACCUGCAUCCAGCUGAGCUACAGAACCGAACACCUGCGGACGCUCAGCUCGCCGAAGGCGGCCGCCACUCAUGUGGACUUCAUGAGGAAAGCCAACAUCGUGGUGUCGGUGCUGGUGGACGUGGCGCUGGGCGUGGCGCUCAUGUGGUGGCUCUACAGAGACGACCACAUCCCCAUGCUGGCGGACGCUCUGGUGCCAGCAGCUGAUCGCGUGGCUCAGCAGCUGGAGGAGCUGCUGCAGUGGCUGAUGGGAGCUCCUGCCGGCCUGAAGAUGAACCGGGCUCUGGACCAGGUGCUGGGUCGCUUCUUCCUUUACCACAUCCACCUGUGGAUCAGCUACAUCCACCUGAUGUCUCCGUUCAUCCAGGGCAUCCUGUGGUACGGCGGCCUGCCGGCGUGCCUCGGCCUGACCUUCGCCCUCUCGCUGCUCUCUGACAUGGUGGCGCUGCUCACCUUCCACAUCUACUGCUUCUACGUCUAUGGAGCCAGGCUGUACUGCUUGAAGAUCUACGGCCUCUCGUCCCUCUGGAGACUCUUCAGGGGGAAGAAGUGGAACGUCCUGCGGCAGAGAGUCGACUCGUGCUCCUACGACCUGGACCAGCUCUUCAUCGGUACGCUCCUCUUCACCAUCCUGCUCUUCCUGCUUCCCACCACGGCGCUCUACUACCUGGUCUUCACCCUGCUGCGGCUGGUGGUGGUUCUAUUCCAGGGCGUCCUUCAUCUCAGCGUGGACUUCAUCAACUCCUUCCCUCUGUUCGCCAUGGGGCUGCGCAUCUGUCGGCCCUACAGACUGGCAGAAGGUGUAAAGUUCAGAGUUCUUUGUGACGAACCCGGUACCGCCCUUCACCUGCUGAUGGAGAUUAACCCGCUGAGGUGCGGCGCCGUGGUCCAGACCUACCGCACCCCCACCUACAGCUGCUACCCCAGAGACUCGUGGGCGGCGCUCGUCAAGAAGCUGUUCGUCGGGGAGCUGAUUUAUCCCUGGAGGCACAAAACCACCAAGUCCGACUGAGGCUCCGACUCCAGCGGCAACUAAAACCCUUUCAUUCCAUCUUUUCUACUCCGUGACGUUAGAUUUUAUUUAAAUAACGACCUAAGUUUGAAUGUCCUCGCCUCAGUGAACUAAAAUCAAUUCCUGAAUAAUUUCUUCCUAAUGUGAUUAAAAAGGAAUCAAAAUGUAAUAAAAAUGUUAUUUUGUUUUAACCAAAUGUUCUGAAUUUAACUCGUUCUGUACUGGAAAAUAUUUAUAAGAAAAAAAAAGAUGAUUUCUGAUUUUAAAAAGAUUUGAGGUUUUAGUUCAGCUCUUCUAGUUUCUAACCAGGCACUAUCUAGCAUGUUUAGAUCUACGUUUAAAUGAUGUUUCACUGAAAAACUCAGAGUUUGAUGCCUUCAGUUUUUAAGGAGUGCCAACAUUUCUGAGCGCCUGCUGCUGCUGCUCCUCUCAGCCAAUCAGAGGCCGAGGCCCGGUCAUGUGAUACAUCACAGAUAUAAAUCUGCAUCUUUAGAACAAAUACUUGAAUUAACACCGUUUAACCUUUGACCCCAGUAUUGGAUUGAGAGAAAUUAAAGGGUUUUUCAGGUCAAUUUUCAUUUGGCCACAGAGCAGUGUUGCCAUUGGCCUUUAGGGGGCGCUCAACCUGGAAGUUACACGUUUACUUCGACGUCCCAGAAUCCCCUAAACGCUGGCAUACGCUGAACUUUCUAUGGAUUUUUUAUUUUGGUCGUAUACAUAAAGUAUUCAUUAGUCCAGAACUUCUGUCCAACGACAGCCUAACUUCUGCAUAACGCACGGCAGCGUAACGAACAGGAAAUGAUGCAGAGUUUCCUGGGGCGCCUGGUCUGCAUAUAAAGAUGUCUUUGAUUGCAAAUUAAUUCUAGAAAUAUUAAUAUUUUUAAUCAAAAGUGAUUGAAAGCGUCUCAGAAAAUGGAAAGCGGCGCCGCAAUCCGCUUUGGUGGGCGGCUGGAUUGGUCCUCAUUUAAUCCCUAAUGGAGGAAGAGGGGGUGGACCAUUCUGGUUUCUGAAACAAUGAACCUUCCUGUUCUUGUUGUCAAAUCAAAGCUUUUAAAAAAAAGUUCUGGAGAAUCAGAGAAAAUUGAUGCCGUGUUGUGAAUUGGCGCUAUAGAAAUAAACUGAACUGAAUUGAAUCUUUACGGUCUCAAACAGGACCUGAAGCAGCAACGUUUCUGCUGAUGUUUGAACCAUUGAACUCCUCUCUUCCUUUGACUCCUCGUUUAUUUUAAACUUCUUCAUCCAGCAGCACCAGAGGCUGACGGGGGAUAAAAUAAUGAAUUCCUCUUACUGAGUUACGUCCAUGUUUGUCCUCUUUGAUGUUUUAUGAGAUGAAUUUGUAACUUUAGUUUGAACAAUAAACUAACUUUAAAUAAAA